AGGGAUUUCGAGGUCGAUAGUAAAUUUCUGGUGGCGGUGCGCGUAUAUAUGUAUAGCAUAUUAUUAGCAGUAGGAAUAAGAAAUAAAAAAAAAAGAAAUGAUUCCAUUGAUAAAAUUGUUUUGUAAUAAUAAUUGAGUAUCCUGUUUAUUGCGAGAUAGUUUAAAAAGUUCAUAAAAGAAAUCAAAUUCCAAAGGAAUAUUAUGGGAACAAGUAUUCUCAAUAUAAAUUUAUUGACAUCAAGGUGCUUUGUCGUGAGGUUAAUCUUGAGGAAGGGGGUCACAGAUUUUUGGUUGAACCACAAAGGAAAUCUUUAUCUUUACGGAAAUCCUGAACGAUAGUCUCAAAUUUCAUGUUUUUAUUAAUUUUUUGAAAAAAAAACAAUUAUGGCAAUCAAUCAUCUUAUUCAUUGGUACCAGAAAAAAAUUGGCACCUACGACAAGCAACAAUGGGAAAAAACAGUGGAGCAAAGAAUUUUUGGAGGAUUCACUCACGUUCCAAUGAGAACGGCAAAACUAAAAACCGAAUAUAUUGACGUAGAUCUUGUAAGAGGUUCGUCAUUUCCGAAAGCAAAACCGAAACACGGUUUACGAACAGUCACUUGGUUGGCAUUAAAAAGACUUUUAUUUCUUCCUCUCAAUAGUCGUUGGUGGAUACAACAGACAAGUCGCUAUACUUUUACCUUUUUUUUAAUUCUCUAUAGUCUUCAAUUCUUCAAUACUAUUAUAUAUUUUUAUAUUCUCAACAAAGAAUCCGAAUCUGAUAUUAUUUCCAAUGCAGAAGUACUGAUUCCUUUUGCAAUGAUGUUGACACUUUGUAUCGUGCAUUCGCAAAUUGUUUCAACUCAUUCAGGACCGUCGUUGUCGAAAAAUGAUAAUCAAAGAUCUCGACGCUCUAGAAAUGGACGGGGACGAUUUAAUAAAUCCAGAGUUAGAAGAAAUUUACGAGGAAAUAAUGAAUUUCAAUCGACGGUGGACAAUACUUCCGAAAAAGGAAGUACAAUUAGUGUAGAAGUCUCGUCGUCUGUUCGAUUUGCAAAAAAAGUCACUAUCGAAAGUGCCAUUGCUUCUAGUCCAAAACCAAAAAUCCUCAAAAAAGGGGAAAACGAGAUAAAUGAAGUGAAACCUGAAAGAGCAAAUUCUCCAUCUCCCAUUGAUAUUCAAUCGCCUUUAGUUGAAGAACAACCAGAACCCGUUGAGGAAGUUGUAGAAAAUGGAAACGUUGUUCAUCAAGAUGACGACGGUUUUGAGAGCCUAAAUGGAAAUGUUUCCAGUGACAACGAACGGGAAGUAAUUGCGCCUACAAUAGAAAAUAAAAACGAGAAUCUCGAGGGAAGAGCAAACGUCGUAGAAGUUACUGAACAGGAAUAUUCAGUCUCAAGACGCUUCUCUGCACCCGAUACUUCGAAAAAGGGGGGAAAUUAUUCCGAUAGUGAUGGAGAUGGCUGCAAUAGUUUGAAGGGAAGAGAAUUACCUUCCGAUUCGACGAGUUCGAGAAAAAAUGUACAGGAAUGUGAGAGUGAAGAAGAGGGUGAAUGUGAAGAAACGUCGAAUAUUCAUUUUACUGAGGCGACAACAUCAGCUACAGAAUGGAUGGGAGUUACGACUAAUAGCGACGAAUGUAGUUAUAGUUCGGAAUUCGAGGAAUCUGAUCUUCACAGUGAGACAAAUUUCAAUUGCAACGAAUUUGUGGAGCAUCCAUUUUCAUGGGAAUUUGAAUUACCUCCUUCAAUUUUGUCAAAUUGCACAACAUCCGAUCGAGUAUCAUGUACAAUUUGGACACGUCGCGAUAUAAAGAAAGCUGAACUUUCAGUAUUGGAUAUAAGUUCGGCAAUAAUUGAAAGAGCCGAAUCAACAACAGAGAGUAUGGAUUAUUUUUAUGGAGGAUUAAUUCUCGCAUUAUUGAUCUCAUUAAUGCCUUCAAUAAGAAGAUUGACUGAUCGUAUAAAUGCUGAAUCUAUUAAUAAUUCCACAAUUUUGGAAUUGCCUUAUGAAUUUUCAUUUGCCAAUAUGGGAAUUUAUAUGGAAAUGUAUUGUAAAAUUGUCGAUAUUGCAUUUGGUCCUUCAUUUUGGGAACGAAUUGUAGUUUUGAUAUCAGGUUUCGAGAGGCUUGUUCUCUCAUCUCUUCUCUUCUUUUUACUGGCUGUGGCAGAGAGAACUUACAAGCAACGUUUGCUUUAUGCAAAAUUAUUUUCUCACUUAACAUCAUCGAGACGAGCGAGAAAAUCAGAUUUGCCACAUUUUCGAUUGAAUAAAGUGCGCAAUAUUAAAACUUGGCUCAGUAUUAGAUCGUACUUAAAGAGAAGAGGUCCGCAACGUUCAGUGGAUGUUAUUGUAUCCUCUAUUUUUAUUCUCACACUAUUGUUACUCUCGUUUAUUAGCUUAGAAUUGAUCAAGGAUCUGGAAAGUUUACAUUCGCCCUAUAGCGCUGAAGCUUUAUUUUGGAGUUUUGCUCUUGGAAUUUUUGUCUUAAGAUUUAUGACACUUGGCACAAAAAUUAAUAAAAAAUAUAGAAAUCUUUCUGUUCUUAUAACAGAACAGAUAAAUUUGUAUUUACAAAUAGAGCAGAAACCCCAUAAAAAAGAUGAACUUAUGGUUGCUAAUAGUGUAUUAAAAUUAGCAGCUGAAUUAAUAAAGGAAUUGGAAAGUCCAUUCAAAAUCUCAGGACUUUCGGCAAAUCCAUAUCUUUAUACAAUCACAAAAGUUGUUUUACUAUCGGCCUUGUCAGGAAUUCUCUCAGAACUAUUGGGCUUUAAAUUGAAAUUACACAAAAUCAAGAUUAAGUAAUAUAUAUUAUAUAAGAAAAAAUACCUACUACCUCAAAUAAGGUUUUUUUUUUGUUGUUGUGAAUAUUCGAUAUUUUAAAAAACUAAGCCCCCAAUUUCAUGGAAUAGAUAUAUAUUUUCCAAGUUUCUCAAAAAAAAAUUUUUUUAAACCUUUUAGAAUUUUUCAAAAUUGACUUUUUAUAUCAAAAUAUUUUGUAAAUAGUACCCCCCCAAAAAGACACAAAUUUUCAAAACGAAGAAUUAAUGUUUCUAGAUUUUAGACAUAAAAAAAAUAGGACCAUUCUUGCAUUUUUGAUAGUGUCGAGCUUAUCUCCAAAAUCACCAAAUUUUUGUGAUAUAAAGAAUUUAAACCUUGAGAGAUAGGGUUAAUUCGAAUCUCAUUUUUUUUUUUUUUUUU